GUCAGUCUUGGUCAGGCGGGUGAGAAGGACAACUGUGUUCACUUCCGCGUUCUAGCAUUCGAGUUUACCAGUGCGAAGAACAAGUUUGAAUUUAUCUGUGAUUACUGAUUAAGAACAGGAUUACAAGAUGUCGGUGAUUAGACAAAUAGCCGUGUUCCUGUGCGGGUUCGUGAUGCUUCGCAUGUGCGAGGCGCAAGUACCGUUCCUCGGCACGUGUCCUGAUGUCGGCGUGAUGGCAGAUUUCAACCCUAGUCGGUACCUGGGCAAGUGGUACGAGGCGGAGCGGUACUUCGCGGUAUUCCAGCUGGGGGGGCGCUGCGUCACCGCCGACUACAACGAGAAAGACAACGGGGUCAUCGGCGUUGUUAAUAAACAGCUCAGCAGCUUGACGGGCAUAAUGUCGGAGAUCCAAGGUGAGGCGCAUCAAGUAUCCCGCUCCGACGAAGGCAAGCUGUCAGUGCGGUUCCCUUCGCUGCCCUUCGUCUUCUCAGCUCCUUACUGGGUCGUGGACUCCGAUUACGACAACUAUGCCGUCGUUUGGGGCUGCAAUGACUUCGGAGUCUUCCACACACGUAACGCUUGGAUCCUCACCAGAGCCAGAAACCCAGAGCUGUCUGUCCUCGAAAAGGCUUACGCUGUCUUGGACAAGAACAACAUCAGCCGCGCUUACUUCAUCAGAACUGAUCAGAAAAACUGUCCAGAGAAUGAGUAGACUGAUUUCCUUCCCGGGUAUAUUAUGUUUGUAUGUAUGUAUGUAUAUUAUGUGUGUGGCAGAUGGUAAGGUUGGUGGAAGGAAAGGAAAUAUAAUAAUAUUGAUCCAGUGUACAAUGAAAGUAAAAAUUCAAAAUCACCUAAUUUGCUAGAAGACCAAAAUAUUUUGUGGAAAGAAGACUUCGAAAAAUCUGAAUUGAAAUAAGUAAUAAUUGUAGUGAUUUAGAAAGUGAUGAAAGCCAGAUUGCAUUAAUUAGGGUUUAAGCUUUAAUUUUGUAAUCGUAUCGUGUCUAGUUUCAUGAUCAAUUUUAUUGUUAUUUGAUUAUCAAAUAUAAUUAGUAUUUUAAUUUAUUUAUGCUUAUGAAAUCGGACACGAAAUUA